AUGCAGGUGUCGCCUGCAGAUGGCCGAGUCGUGGCAUGCGGCAAGGUGUGCAAGGACAGGGUCGAGAAUGUCAAGGGCAUCCGCUAUUCGAUGGCCAAGUUCUUGGGCCCGCAAACCUGGGCCCUGUCUGGAGACGAACCAAAGGCAGCUGUACAAGAGGUCGGUGGUCAGGGAAUGAGGGACUAUGGCAACAAGUUGCUGCAAAGGGAACAAGAGGACGAGUUGUUUGAGUGCGUCAUCUACCUGGCACCGGGCGACUAUCACCGCUUUCAUUCCCCUGCGCAAUGGACAAUUCACCACCGACGCCAUUUCCCUGGUGACUUGUUGAGUGUUCAUCCGAAGGUGGCGUCGUGGUUCCCGAACCUGUUCGUUGUAAACGAACGGGCCGCGUAUUAUGGCAAGUGGCAACACGGAUUCUUUGCUUUGGGUGUCGUGGGAGCCACGAAUGUCAGCAGCAUAAAAAUUCCAUUUGAUUUGGUGAGUCCCGCGCUGUAUGUUCUCGCACUCUACAUGCCAUACUACUGCAUUGGAGACGAACCAGCGAAAAUUCAAGCGCAACUCGUGGCUCGACUUGCGGUUCGAGUCGCCGGUGGAGCAGAGCAAAGGCUCCUACUUCGGCGAGUUCAACAUGGGCUCGACACUGGUGCUCAUUUUCGAAGCCCCGCGGGGCUAAAAUUCAAGCGCAACUCGUGGCUCGACUUGCGGUUUGAGUCGCCGGUGGAGCAGAGCAAAGGCUCCUACUUCGGCGAGUUCAACAUGGGCUCGACACUGGUGCUCAUUUUUGAAGCCCCGCGGGGCUCGAGGUUCACGGUGUGCAUGGGAGACAGGGUCCGAGUUGGCCAGCGUCUGUUUCAAGUGCCAGGCGAAACAUGA